AAGUAGUAGCUUUGCACAAGGACUCUCUCCCUCUUUCUCUCUCUCCUCACCAUUAUCAUGGAGUAGAGCUUGUUAGUAUCCAAAAGCCCAAGAGUCUCCCCCUAACAUGGACACCACCCUCUAUAGGCCUAAGCCAUCCAACUUCUUCUACUCCAAUCUACAAUCUCAAGAAAGCUAUCAAAGCUCCAUCCAACCACAAUCCAACGGUGCAUCGGCGAGCUCAUCGGAGGAGUCUAGCGACCCCAGUGCAACCGGGAAAUGGGCCGCUAGGCUACUUCGAGAGUGCGCUAAGGCGGUGUCGGAAAAGGACUCAAUUGGGAUCCACCACCACUUGUGGAUGUUGAAUGAGCUCGCGUCGCCGUAUGGCGAUUGUGAUCAGAAGCUGGCGGCCCACUUCUUGCAAGCGCUCUUCUGUAAGGUGACGGAGGCCGGGGAACGUUGCUACAAGACGAUGAUGGCGAUCGCAGAGAAGAGCCAUUCCUUUGAGUGUGCAAGGAAGGUAAUACUUAAGUUCCAAGAAGUGAGCCCCUGGACAACAUUCGGUCAUGUAGCCUCAAAUGGGGCCAUCUUGGAAGCCUUAGAAGGAGAGACUAAAUUACAUAUAGUUGAUAUUAGUAAUACAUAUUGCACCCAAUGGCCCACCUUGCUAGAAGCCUUGGCCACCAGGAACGACGACACACCGCAAUUGAGAUUAACGGUGGUGGUGAUGGCAGGCAUGGCAGGUUCUGUUGUGAGGGAGAUAGGCCAAAGGAUGGUGAAAUUCGCGAGGUUGAUGGGGGUGCCGUUUGAGUUUCAUGUAGUGAGCGGGCUAGCACGGCUGGGUGAUCUCACCAAGGAGGAGUUGGGGAUACGCGAUGAUGAGGCGGUUGCGGUGAAUUGCAUUGGGGCCUUGCGACAGGUCAAUGUUGAGGAUCGUGGAUCAGUGAUCCGUAUGAUUCAGGCAAUCGGGCCGCGGGUGGUGACUGUGGUGGAGGAGGAAGCUGAUUUCACUAGCUCUGGGGGAGAUUUCUUGAUGUGCUUUGAGGAGUGCUUGAGGUUUUAUAGUUUGUUCUUUGAAAUGCUUCAGGAGAGCUUCGUGGCCACCAGCAAUGAGAGGCUAAUGUUGGAGAGAGAGUGUUCUAGGAGUAUAGUUAGUGUGCUAGCAUGUGAUGGUGAAGGUAGUGGAGAGUGUGAUGUGAAGGAGAAAGGGAUACAAUGGUGUGGGAGGCUCAAGGAAGCAUUCUCGCCGGCCCAAUACAGCGAUGAUGUAAUCGAUGACGUGAAGGCACUUCUUAAGAGGUAUAGAUCAGGGUGGUCCAUUGGGCCAGCCCAAAUGAAUGGUGAUCAUGGGCUUUAUUUGAAGUGGAAAGAGGAGGUUGUUGUGUGGGCUUCAGCUUGGAAACCCUAGGAUUCACUCAGAAUCAAUAAGAGUUUCAUGCCAUGGAAUGUCUCUGAUGACACACCAUGGUGCAUGGGCUUAUUAUAUACUUGAAUAUUUCAUGUACUCAUUUUCUUAUGCUUGGCCUGGUUGUGUUUGUUGCUUCAAGCUCUCAUUUCCUCCAAUGAUCAUGGCCUCUCUCUCUCUCUCUCUCUCUCUCUCUCUCUCUCUCAAGAUUGGAUUUGUAUCUUUUGUCACCUUUCCCUUUA